GGAUUUUUGAAUUGGAUGGUCUUUGAUCUGUAUGACAAAUAAUAAUUUAACUAAUAAGAUUGAUAUUUGAAGUCACAUAAUAAAAAUUAGACAUUUAAAUAUCCAGAGUAAGGUUAGCUCCCGUUCAACGGGUCGGCGUUUGUCGUUUGUCUUGUCGAUCAGUCAUCGCUAGUGUUGUUUAUGUGUGUGGCCCAUCCCAGCUAGUCUGUGAAUGUGUAUGCCGUAUCCAUAUCCAGGACAGCUUUACAUCAUUUAAUGGAUUACUUCUGAUAAUAAGAAUGCCUGAAGAAAAAAAUACGGCUGUAGACGCUGAGGCGUCACCUGCCAAAAAACAGGCCCUCUCAAAAGAUCUGAAGGGUGGCAAAAAUGGACUAUCUGAAUGGACUGAAGUGACCAUGUUGGAUGGUUCAGUUCUAACUCUUAAUGUCGAUCGAAAAUCAAAAGGCAGAGACCUGUUAGAUAAAGUGUGCGAAGCCAUCAACCUAAUAGAAAAAGACUAUUUUGGCUUGGUGUAUGCUGACAGACAUGAUCCCAGAAAUUGGCUAGAAUUAGAUAAAAGGAUAGCAAAAUUUCUGAAAAACGAGCCCUGGAGAUUUACAUUUGAGGUUAAGUUCUAUCCUCCAGAUCCAGCUCAAUUACAAGAAGAUAUUACAAGGUACCAAUUAUGUCUACAAAUCCGCAAUGAUAUUCUUAGCGGACGCCUGCCUUGUUCAUUUGUCACACAUGCCCUCCUUGGAUCGUAUUUGGCCCAAUCAGAGUUGGGCGAUUACGAUCCGGAUAAUAUGAACAAGGAUUACUUGAAAGAGUUUAAGUUGGCUCCCACCCAAAACGAAGACCUAGAAGCUAAAGUGUGCGAACUCCACAAAACACACAAAGGUCAGACUCCAGCCGAAGCAGAACUGCAUUACUUGGAGAAUGCUAAGAAACUAGCCAUGUAUGGGGUUGAUCUACAUCCUGCCAAGGAUUCUGAAGGGGUAGAUAUUAUGCUUGGUGUUUGUGCCUCUGGAUUAUUAGUUUACCGCGACCGCCUUAGAAUAAACCGAUUUGCCUGGCCGAAAAUUUUGAAAAUAAGCUAUAAGAGACACAAUUUUUAUAUCAAAAUACGUCCGGGUGAGUUCGAACAGUUUGAAUCCACGAUUGGCUUCAAAUUGGCCAACCAUCGCGCAGCUAAGAAACUGUGGAAAACCUGCGUGGAACACCAUACUUUCUUCAGACUGAUGUCGCCUGAAAUUAGUCAGAAAAAUUCGCUGUUUCCUAGGUUAGGAUCGAAAUUUAGAUAUUCAGGUAGGACUCACUAUGAGACGAGAAAAACACCAAUUGACAGGCCUGCUCCUCAAUUUGAAAGGUCGUUGACAGGCAAAAGAUUGACAUCUAGAAGUAUGGACCCUCUGAGUGUAAGACCCGAAGAUGAGUACAAUGACACCAACAAGCGCCAUACAAUGUCUCAUCCUCCCGAGCACAUCAUUGAGGUCGAUAACCAGACACCUGCCAAAAUUAAAUCACCCAAAGAUAAAGAAAAGCACGGAAGGAAACUGAGUUCUGGUUCGGGCAGCACUAUCAGCUCAGUGGAGGGGGAAUAUGAUGCUGACAAAUCACAGAAGAAACCUGUAGGCGGCGUAGCAGUUUUGCCGGCUGGUGGAUUAUUUGGUAAAAAGGACAAGGAGAAGAACAAGGAAAAUGAGAAGAAUUUACAAAAUGGUAGAGAUACGGACCAGCAUAAUGAGGACGAUAAAAAGAGGUCUAAGAGCCCCUCGUCCCUAUUCGGCAAAAGAGAUAAGUCUCCCAAGGAGAAAAAGGAAAAAGAGAAGAUAGCAGAGAAGUCUUCAUCUCCAGGAUACACCAAGCAGUACGAUUACGAAGCUCCCGAAGAACAGGUCAGCCCGAGGAAGCCUUACACCCAAGGUUUUAGCUACGAGAACCAAGGAUCGCCUUCAAGUCUAAAAAGUGACCCGGAAAAUCAACAAUCGCCAUCUACAAAACGGGCUACAGCUACGGCAUUCAACUAUGCUCCUGGUGAUAUAGAUAAAUUGAAGAAAAAUGAUGCUAAAGCUGAUACAGCUGCCUUUUUGGCUGGGGAACAAUACGAAAAAGACCCCACUAAAGAAACCAAACAGGCUAGCGCAGCUCCUUUAGUGCUAGGCAUUAGUAAAAAACGCCCUAUUAAAUUACUUGUCGUCACCGGACCUAGAGACUUAAAAACAGGAAGGAUUGAUCUUGACCAAUCAACCGCUGAUUCUAUCAAAGGUCAAGAAAACAUUGAUACCGGUCUUAUUGAUUGCAAGUACGGACUUAUCGAUCCUUCCAACGGAACUGUUAUUGUCACAGACCCAGUGAACGGCCAAAAGGAAGUUGUUCAGGGCUACAUUGAUCCUGUUACCAAACAAAUCGUUAUCACUGCCGGUUCAGUAAUAGACCCGAAAUCUGGAAAAAAAUCAUCUUCUUUGGGCCAAAUUAUCUCAAUUUGCCCUGGAGAAAUUAAAGCAUCAAAUUCCUUGGCUCAGGUACCCAAGAAAAGGAUCAUUAAGGUCACUGUUACUACGUCAAAGAAAGAUCCUAGAACUGGAAGGAUUGAAGCUGAAAAUGGUUAUGUUGAGACUCUAGAUGCGGUCCUGGAUCCAGUUACAGGUCGAAUUGAAACAAAAUACGGUAUUUUGGACCUGAAGAACAAUAACAUUAUUCGCAGUGAUUCAAGAACAGGAAAAAUUGAUACUCGUCCAAUUAAAAUUGAUGAAAAUCUGAACCAUGUCGAGCUGGAUGAAGGAGUAAUUGAUACAAAAACCGGAAAAAUUGAUAAUACUCUUGGUCAAAUUUUCAAGGUCGGAAAUCAAGGAGAUAGUAUUGUUCCUGUAACAGCGGUUACAGCGAAAAGAGAUCCGAGAACUGGACAGUUAGACCCGGCUAGAGCACAUAAAGAAACCACCCACGGUAAAAUCGACCCCAAAACUGACACUAUCGUCACUAAAUACGGGACAAUCAAUCCCAAGAACAAAACUAUCAGCACUAAAGACCCCCAGUCUGGCAAAUUCGAGGAACAUCCUGUUCAAUUCGAUCCUAACGGUAACGUGAUAGUUUUGGAAGGAGUAGUCGAUCCAAACACUGGUUUGAGAGAUGAUGAUCUUAGUCAGAUCCUCCAGAUAGACUCACAAAUUGAACCCGUAGUGGAAGUGAAGUCUGUGUCCGGUAAAGUCGACAAAAAGGGACUUGAUCCAAAAUCAGCAUCUUCAGUCGACAAAUCACUAGGGCUCUACGAUCCAGCUACUAAUAAAGUAUACACUAAAUACGGAGUAUACGAUCCCAUUUACGAAACUCUCAGCGUAACGGACCCCAAGAGUGGAAAAACUGAAAUAAAGCACGGUCAGCGUGACUAUAUCACCGGAGAAGUCUUAUUCAAGGGCCUGGUAAACCCCAAGACCAACAAAAUAGACAAUUCGUUUGGUAGAACUAUUGCAAUCGAGCUAAAAAACCCCGAAGUUGAUCCUAGUCUCGUCAGGACUAAGAAACCCGUUCCUGUUAGUCCAGUGAAACCUCCGGUGCGAGAUUCUCUAUCUCCUAAAGACAGAAAUAAGGUAAUAAAACUUCUGGUCAUUACUGCGAAGAAAGACCCCAAAACUGGACACUUAGACUUGGAGAAUGGUCACGUGGAUCAGUCUGCCGGUAUAUUACAUCCUUCGGGAGAGAUUGACUCAAAGUAUGGGUUAAUAGACCCUAGAAAAGGCACUAUAGUUAUUACUGACCCAGCAACUGGUAAACAAGAGACAGUUCAAGGACACGUCGAUCCUAUAUCUGGUCAAAUUCAGAUCGCAAAUGGUCCAGUCAUUGACCCUAGAACAGGUAAAAGAGAUCCUAACCUAGGACAGGUUAUAACUGUUGUAGGAGACUACGGAAGUCCGGUGGAUGAUCGAGCAGCAGUGAAACAUGCUUUACCAAGUCAUCCCACGCCAAAAAAACGAGUUAUUAAGGUUCUGGUGAUUACCAGUAAGAAGGAUCCUAAAACUGGAAAGGUUGAUACCGAAAAUGGCAUUGUAGAGAAGUUGACGGCUACAAUAGAUCCAGUUAGUGGUAUUAUUGAAUCAAAAUACGGAAAAAUUGAUACACAAAAUAGUAAGAUCGUGCAAAAAGAUAAAUCUGGUAAAACUACAGUCACACCGAUCAGGAUUGAUGAGAACACAGGUCAAAUAUACGUCAGUGAUAAUAUCGUGGAUUCCAAGACGGGUAAGGUGGACCCUAACUUGUCCCAAGUGAUCAAUGUAGUCGAUCCUCAACAUCCAGCUGUGGUUAUUACAUGUGUUACUGCUAGGAAAGAUCCUAACGGAAAGAUAGACCUUACCAAUUCCAGAACUGAAGUUACUAAUGGCAAAAUAAUUCCUGAAACUGGUGAGAUCAUUACCAAACCUGGUACAAUUAAUUUGAAAUUGAUGCGCAUCUAUACUCGUGAUCCCAAAACUGGCAAAAUCCAGGAAAGACCGGUUCAAGUAGACAAAGACGAUAAUAUCAUCGUAUCUAGCGGUGUUAUAGACCCGAAAACUAACAAACUUGAUGCUAAUAUGGUGCAGUUGAUUCAAGUAGGACCGGAAGUUGAUCCAGAAAUCGAAAUCAGAACCUACGUUGGUAAAGUCGAUCAUAAGAAAAAUACAAUAGAUUCGAAGAACGCUCAUCCAGAUUCCACUCCAGGUCUAUAUGAUCCAGAUAAAAAUAAAAUUUAUACGAAAUACGGUCAUCUAGACCCGGUUCGUGAAACAUUGACUAUUAUUGAUCCAAAAUCUGGCAAAACUGACGUUAGAGUGGGUCAUAUUGAACCCAAUACUGGCGAAUUGGUUUUCAAAGGAGGAUUUAUUAAUCCCAAAACAGGGAAACUUGAAAAAGAUUUUGGCCGUGCUGUCUCAGUCCAUAUUACUGAACCCAGUAUCGAUCCUGUUGCUUCUCAGCAACCCUCUGAGAAGGAAAUUCAAAAAGCCACUGCUGCCAGCUUGAAACCCGUAUCUCCUCCGAAGAUUAUUACUACGUCUCAUCAAAAGGAAAGUACUGGAACUCCUAUCAAGGAGGUUAUCACUGGAGUACUUCAUCCCAUCGCUAAACAUCGCAUAGUUAAGAUUAUGGUGAUCACCGGCAGGAAGGAUCCAAGAACAGGGAACGUAGAUAUAGAAAAUGGAACCGUAGAACAUAUUACCGGAGUUGUAGACCCGUCAACAGGCUUUAUUGAAACAAAAUAUGGUCAAAUCGACUCUACGACAGGUUCUUUGAUUUCAAAUGAUCCUACAACAGGUCAGAGAGGUAUCAUACCUGGGAAAGUGGAUGAAACGACUGGUCACAUCAUCAUCAAUGGUGGUCCCGUCGUUGAUCCUAAGACGGGUAAGAGUGAUCCGAACCUUGGACAAGUUUUUGCAGUUGUCGGAUUGAAACAGGCUCAGGACCCUCACGCUGCUCCAGUACCUAAAAAGAGAAUGAUCAGAAUAACGGUGAUCACUGCCAGAAUCGAUCCAAAAACAGGCAAAGCUGAUGUAGAUAAAGGUCAAAUAGAACAGUCUACUGCAUUGUUGAAUCCAGAAACGGGAUUAAUAGAGUCAAAAUACGGUUUAAUCGAUCCUAAGAAUGGAAAAGUUAUUGUUAACGACCCCAAAUCUGGAAAGGUAGAUGCUAGAAGUGCACAGAUUAACGAGAUCAACGGACAAAUUAUCUUAUCUUCUGGUGUAGUAGAUCCGAAGACUGGUAAAAUUGAUAGUUCUCUAGGCCAAAUUAUCAGUAUCGCCGGUCAAAAUGAUCCUGCUAUCGAAAUAACAACGAUCACAGCGAAAACCGACCCCAAAACCGGAGCUGUGGAUCUUAACAAUGGUCAGAUGGAAAGCUCCAAGGCUAAAAAGAACUCUGCUACAGGCGAAAUCGAGACUAAAUACGGUACUAUUAAUUUGAAACUGUUAAGAAUUACUACUAAAGAUCCUGUAACUGGAAAAGUCGAGUUCAGACCCAUCCAGGUAGACGCUGAGGGUAAUAUAAUCAUAUCCACCGGCGUUAAAGAUCCUAAAACCGACACAAUCAACCCCGCUUUUUGUCAAGUUAUCAAACUAGGAGCCGAAAUAGACCCAGAAGUACAAGUAGUCACCUUCGUAGGUAAGGUGGAUCCCAAGAAAAACACCAUAGAUGCUAAAAAUAUCGUUCCCGAAGUCUCAAACGGGUUAUACAAUCCAUCUACUCACAGAAUUGAUACCAAGUAUGGUCAAAUUGAUCCAGUAAAGGCUACAAUAACUCAUAUAGAUCCAAAAAGCGGCAAACACGAGGUGAAGCAAGGAGUAAUAGAUCCGACAACUGGACAUAUUCUCUUCAAAGGCGGCUAUAAUAACCCUAAAACUGGUAAACCCGAUCCUAACUACGGUAGGCUCGUUGGUAUUCUUAUAACAGACCCGAAAGUUAAUGAAAAAGGAGAGAUUGUGAAAAGAGAUCCAAAAACGGUCAGGAUUGACACAAAAUCUAAUCAGAUUUGGGUAUUUGACUAUAAUGAUCCUGUCAGUAAAGAAGAAGUGUAUACUACUGGUAAUGUUGAUCCAACCACAGGUUAUGUUACGGCUGUUUAUGGAUAUAUCGAUCCAAAAACUGGCAAUAUUACUAGAAUGUCUAAAGUCGAUCAGAAUACCGCCAGGGUUGAUAAAGAAACCAGUCAAAUAUUCACAAAAACCAAUGAAGUGGACGAAACAGGUGUUCCGCUAUAUUCUACUUCAGAAUUCGAUCCACAGUCGGGUCAAAUUUAUACCAAAUACGGUAAAAUUGACCCCAAAACAGGUAAAAUGAUCAUUGUUCGUAUUUAUUUGAUCACACAAAAUGACCCUACAGGCAAAGUAAAGGAAAUAGAUCCCAAAGAUUGUCAGUUCGAUGAGAAAACAGGCAGAAUAGUCAACGUGAGCACUCAAACUGUCUAUAUCUACAGUAUGGUAGACCCCAAGACCGGAAAAAUCGUGCAAGUAGAUCCCAAUGAUCCUUUGGUAAAGAGCGCUAACACAAAAGUGACACAAGUAUUAACCCUUUCGGGCGAGAUUGACCCUGUUACUGGUAGAAUUCAUACCGAAUGGGGUCAUAUUGACCCCCAAACAGGUGACAUUGAUCCUAAGACAGCGAGAAGAGACCCUAUAACUGGAGAGUUGAUUUUAAAUUAUGCUCAGAUCGAUCCAAGUCAUUUUACGGACCUCAAAGACACAAAGGUUAAAGUGAAGACCUAUUUGAAAGAAGGAGACGAAGAAUCUAGUGACGACGAUUUGAAUGAAUAUGCUGCGGAGAGUUUUAAAGAGCUGCCUAGCCUUGGUUUGUCCAAAGGAGCAAGUCUUACCACUCCAGUGGUAGUAAAAACUACAACAAAGCAGAUCAUCACCAAGGACAAGGAUGGAGUGACGCAAAACGUGGAAGAAAGGGUAGAAGAUGGAAGAACUGGUGAAAUUAAGGUGUCCACGCAAGUUAAUAAGGCCGACACGCCUCUGAUCGAUGACGUCAAGUCUCCCUACGUCACGGCACGAGCGGUGACGACACGAACAGCGACUACGCACGAAGAUCUAGGCACCAACGCCAAAACGCAGCAGCUUGAGGAGAAGACAGUAGCGCACUCUAUGACAAGUAGCGCCACUAGACAGGAACAGCGCACUGUGACGCAAGAGGUCAAGACAACCAGCACGGUUGUCAGCGGAGAUCAGCUGGGCAGACGAGAUAGCAUCAGUUCGACUAGUUCAGGCGAUUCCGGUACACCCAUAGACCCACCAGACGAUCCGAACGACCCGUAUUAUCAGAGUUCGCAAUAUAAGGAUGACAUUCAAGGGGGAAUUGUUAAGACCGAAAGCAUUGUGUACAGCGGUGAUCCAUCUGGAUACAGAACCUCAACAACCAACGUACCUAUUGUGGCUACUGAAGCUCGAAAAGUGCAACUGACAUCAGACGACGGAAACUAUGUGAAAACGGGAGAGAUUGUCAGCACACAAACCAUCAGUUCGAAAACCAGAACUGUAGAAACCAUAACGUAUAAAACAGAACGGGAUGGUAUAGUAGAGACGAGAGUAGAACAGAAAAUAACAAUACAGUCUGAUGGAGAUCCCAUAGAUCAUGACAGAGCACUAGCAGAGGCAAUUCAAGAAGCCACAGCUAUGAAUCCGGAUAUGACAGUUGAAAAAAUAGAAAUUCAACAGCAGUCUGCACAGCAGCAAUAGAAAGUAAAGGCAAGCCUAGCUAACUGUCGUUAUUCAUAAGAAAUAUGGAUUAAUUUUAGCUUCGCGUAGGAAAAAAGCUAGCUUUUGUAUAUUAUUACAAAGAUUUUAUUUAGUUUUUAAGUUUAUAAGGAACACUCAAAAACUACAUUUUCAGUCACCUUGUUUUUUAUGUACUUCUAUGUUGUGUAAGCUUUCUGUGUAAGGAAUAGUUCAUAUUUUUGUUUUGUCAAAAAUAAAAAUAUAAACUAAAAAUCAAAAAUAUGUAUUAUUUAUUUAAAAAAUUGUGCGUAUUAAAGAAAAUGUUGAACCAGAAUCAACAAGCAGGUGCUUUGCAAUAGUUGAAGGAAUCUCACAGAAUGAAACAAUUAUACAGAAAAAUGUGUUCAGAAAAUUAAAAAAGUAUAGUAUAUUUAAAUUAUUCACCUAGCUACUUGACAUUCCAAAGGUUUUAUUUUGAGUUAAUAGGUAUUUCAAAAUUCAAAACCAAAAAAAAUGCCUUUAUAAAAGAACAUGUAUAC